GACGGGUCCAUCGAGUUCGAGGAAUUCAUCCGGGCCCUUUCGGUGACGUCACGGGGAAAUCUGGAUGAAAAGCUGCACUGGGCGUUCCGGCUGUACGACGUGGACAACGACGGUUUCAUCACGAGGGACGAAAUGUACAACAUCGUCGACGCUAUUUACCAGAUGGUGGGUCAGCAGCCGUCGGAGGAUGAAAAUACGCCUCAGAAGAGGGUGGACAAGAUCUUCGACCAGAUGGACAAGAACCACGACGACAGGUUAACCUUGGAGGAGUUCAGGGAGGGAAGCAAAGCCGAUCCGAGGAUUGUGCAAGCUCUGACGUUGGGCGGGGAAUAGCAUAAGGAGGAGGGCAUCCAGCCCGAGCAGCUCUGACGACGACGAUCGCAAGAUCCAACCUAGUUGGUUCACAGGCCAACGUCACCAGAGCUGCCGGUCUUCGGAGAGCCCGGAAGUGCGCGUGCACUCUCUCAACCAACAUCAGAAAAGGCCGCGAAGCAGCAUGUCAAUUUCCGUAAAAUUUCCUUUCCGUUUCCGGCCUUCGUCGCGCGUACACAACUUCUGUUUUCCUAAUUUUCUUUAUAUCUCUCUCUCACACUCACUCAAACUAUCCUUCCUCUUCACACGCUCUCUCUUAGUCUCCGUACGUUCUGGUUUUCUUUCAAUUUCAAAAGGGACAAUCAUUAGGACCGGUUUUCGCGAAUAGUUCAUCCCCCGGAAUCAACAAAGAUAUCACCAGCUUUUACCGCAACUUCUUACAACAAAGUUUCUUACAACACUUCUUCGGGGUGGAUUCAAGUUUGGUAAAGUUGCUCCGAUACGUCCCAACACUAAUUGGAUUCGCGCAGCACGGAAAACUUGCAAAGAUUAAAGAACUUGUCGAAACUUCAUUUCUAAAAAAACAGAAAUCAUCAAUUGAAAUUUUAAAAGAAAAAUAUUAGUAUCUUGAUUUGAAUCGAUUAUUUCACCCCGAAGAACGAAGAUUCAUUUCUUUAUAAGUGAAAAAAAAGUAAACGAGAAACUCGCGAGUUGAGGGAGAGAAAUGUUUCUAACACCAUAAUAAUAUGUAAAACGUAAUAAAUUUGAUAUGUAAUUCUAUAAAUAAUAUUUUGAAGAUUAAU